CGGUCCGGGUCCCUCACUCCUGGGAGCGAGUACUGACAGACACAGCAGCGCUCUUUUUAUCGGUGCAGAAGGUGUGUGGGAGUACAGCGAAGGAUAUACACGCCCCUGGAUUGUCAUGAGAGGCCUGAUUUUCCUGCUCGCCACGGCGGCGACCUGUAGAGCCGCGUACGUCGGUUCGUCCCCAUACGGGAAUCCCCUGGUUCACCACCCUCAACAAGUCCCGCCGAGCUACGCGCCGCCCGCUCCGGUCGGCGAGGACGGCAACGUCAUCGACACGCCGGAAGUGGCGCAGGCGAAGGCCGCGCACUUUGCCGAAUUCGCCAAGGCCGCCGCCCGCGCGGCUCAGAACGAGAAGAGCCAGCAACACUUGUCCGAUUACAAUCAGAUCUCGUCGCCCGCGUACAGCUACUCGGCCGUACAGCCGACCGCGGCGCCUUAUCUGAGACAGGCCAGCUACCAGCAACCCACUCCGAUAUAUCAGACGCCUAAUCACGUGCAGGCGCCCAUCUACGCCCCGGUGAAUUACCAACAACCGCAGCAAUACAACGCACGGGCUAAUUUCGUGGGGCAGAAGAGCUACUCGCUACCGACGAAGACCACUACCUUCAUCCCGGCGCCAUUGGCCGAGGAUGGGACGGUCGUGGACACCCCGGAAGUGGCGGCCCUGAAGGCAGCCAGACUAGCCGAGCUCGCCGAGGCGGAGGCCCGGGCUUACAAACACGCGAGCGAUCACCCGAACGAGGACCAUCAGGGUCAAGCUUAUGCUGGACCACCAGCCGGUCCUGCUCCCAUCAACUAUAAUCCUAAUCUAGGACACUAUGGUGGUUCGCGGGCAUUCCCAGGAUCUUCCUUCCCCGGAUCUUCCUUCCCCGGAACUCAGCCUUACGCCACGCAGCAAGUGUUCAAUCCGUCAUCGGGUUUUGAGCCUCAUCACUUUCAGUCCCAGCAUCUGUUAGGAACUUUCUGAACCUAGCGGAUUGCGGUCGAUCUACAUGUUCCGGUGCCUGUACAUACUCUAGAUGAAUAAAUUGUUUUCCCUUCCUACGAAUUUAUCAUGUUUUUCGCGACGCUCCACGCAGAUCAAUCGCUUGUACAUCUCACAAAUUUU